AGACUACAGGCCGGGCAACGACGUGAAGGACGUCGCCGGGGCAGCGUCCCGGUAGCUCAGCUGUCUCAGUCCAACCACCAGGCAGCCGCUACUAAAACCGCCCCCUCCCCUGCGCUUGUCUCUCACUCAUCCAUCUCUCUCGCCUCCUCGCGCAGGAGCUAGCAGCUCGAUCGAUCCCCACAACACUGCUACACCUCGCUCGCUAGCAGCAAGCAGGCCAAGAGAGCUCCAGCGUUCCGCACCAGCUCGCCAUUGCCACCGUCGCUCUGGGCUUGCAAUGCCGGACGGGGAGGUGCCGAGCCCGGCGUCGUCCGGGGGCACGUCGUCCUCGCCGCCGCUGUCGCCGGUCGAGGCCGGGGCGAGGCGCGGCGGCGGCGGCGGCGGCGCGGAGAAGCGGGCGCGGGACCGGGUCGGCGGCGAGCGGCACCCGUCGUACCGCGGCGUGCGGAUGCGGGCGUGGGGGAAGUGGGUGUCGGAGAUCCGGGAGCCGCGCAAGAAGUCGCGCAUCUGGCUCGGCACGUUCCCGACCCCCGAGAUGGCGGCGCGCGCGCACGACGCCGCCGCGCUCGUCGUCAAGGGCCCCGCCGCCGUGCUCAACUUCCCGGAGAUGGCCGUCGCGCUCCCGCGCCCGGCCUCCGCCGCGCCGCGCGACGUCCAGGCCGCCGCCGCGCGCGCGGCCGCCAUGGAGCCCGCCCAGCCGCCUGAUGGACCACCAGCUGCAGCCGCCGCCGCAGCCGCCGCCGCCGCCGUAUCAUUGCAGCCCGCCCCAGUGCCGGCUGUGGGUCAGCAGCAGGACGACGAGCUGGAGGCGAUCGUGGAGCUCCCGCGGCUCGACGAGGACUACUGCGCGGAGGCGGAGCUCGUGACGACGACGGUGACGGCGUUCGGCGCCGCGCCGUUCUCGUUCCACGACGCGGCGACGACGCCGGCGCCGUGGUGCGACCCGGUGUGGAUCGACGACGACUGCGCCGGCUACGCCGCGGCGGGGCACGACGACCUCUUCGGGCUCGACGGCGGCGAUCACGGCUGGGCCCAGUCGGUCGGCGCCCUCCUGUGGAACUUGUGAUCGCCGGCCGGCCGGUCUGAUCUUCUAAUCAACAAAUCAGCAGCUAGUAGUACAGUGUGUAAUUAUAACUCCCGUUUUCUCUUUCCCUGCAGAGAGAAUCUGUAGAUAGCUAGAGAGUUGCAACUUGGUAGAGAGUAUUACCACCUCUCAAACAAAAAAAAAAGUUGCAACUUGGUGCUGUGGGGGUUGAAGUUGAAUAGUGGUGUCCGCCGUCUCUCUUUCCGGCGUAGUACGGUCUUUUCGCUGCCUUUUUUUGGUCGGUUUGGGCUCGAACUUGUCUUCUGAAUUUGUCUCUAUUUCUCCUUCUCUUUUUUUUCCCCUCUCCAUAUGGACGCUGCUAUUAUUGGGCUGGUUAAUACUAAUAAUAAUGUACAUGCACGCCAGUGCAACGCAAUCGUUUGGUUUGGUUAUCAAAUUAACCAUCACCUUCUUCAAGUAGUA